CCUGCAAUUCUCAAUUUAAGACAGUACUUUGAUUCUUUAUAUUGCAUAUCAAAUUUCUUCUCAAAAUCAGCAUAACUUGAUUUCUUUGAUUUGAAUUGUUUUCUUUAUCCACACAAGAUAUAAUCAAGUUUGUACUACUCUUUCAAAAUAAAUUGGUCCGACUUGAUGCUCGCGUCCAUGUUUCCUUUCUUUCUCUAUAUUAUUUAAGAGACAAGUCUUGUUCUAGUUAACACCCAUUCCAUUCUUUAUCCCCCUCCUCAUUUAAUCAUGCCUACUUCCACUAAAGAUAAUAGACGCCUCACAGGAUACCGAGGCAAUACAGACUAUCAACAAUCACUUUAUGACGAUGAUAUGGACGAUUACCAGCACUACCAUACAACAGGAGAUGACGACACCUAUGAAGAAUACGAUGAAGAUCUCGAUGAUGAUGACACUCAUGUGCAAGAUGAUCAAGAUGACACCGGGUCUGAGCUCAGUAUUCCUGAUUCAGAGAUUAAUUUCGAUAUGGUUUAUGCACUUCAUACGUUUGCUGCCACGGUAGAAGGCCAAGCUUCUGUUGUGCGUGGUGAUGCAUUGACUUUAUUGGAUGACAGUAAUUCUUAUUGGUGGCUUAUUAAGGUACUCAAGACAGCUGAAGUAGGCUAUAUUCCAGCUGAAAAUAUUGAGACACCUCAUGAAAGACUAGCUCGUUUAAACUCACAUCGCAAUAUAGAACUUACCAGAAAAGACAUUCAAGAUGCUUUUCCUGCACCACCUUCUAACAGUCCAAAAAAGACGAAGCGUGUAACACUUGCCAAAGGGGUUCAAUUUCAAUCUCAAAUCAUUUAUGGUUCAAGUGAUGAUGAAGAUGAUUAUUUUGAAGCCGAAUUUGAGCAAUGGGAUGAACGUAUGCGUUCUGAUGAAUCUGAUACAGACGAUAUGAUAUCUGAAGAUGAAAGCGAUGAUCCUUAUCGUUAUUAUGGAGAACAAGAUUUGGAUCAGCCUAUUGACAUGUACACUGCUAAUUACAGCCAAAUGAACAGUAAUCCUCUUGCUGUCCAGAAUGAUAUUCACCCAUACCAAAAUACCUUAUCAGAUGCUACUCCUAUUGAAGCUGAUUCAGACAUCAUUAAUGAUGCUCUGGAACCACCCGUGGAAGACGAAACAAUCAAGAUUUCACUUACACCUUCUAUCGCCCGUGGCUAUGAAGAAAGUCGUCGCAGUUCCGACAGUAGCAUUCAAAACAAACUCAAGAAGGCUGCUAAGCUUGAGAAACUACUCAAUGCUACUUCACCUGAGCCUCAACAAGAACGCAGAAACUCCAAAGAAAAGAAAGAAAAGUCAAGUAUUCGCAAAUUCUUUUCAAGAUCCAAUUCUAGCGGCAGUAGCAAAGAAAGCAAAAAGAGCAAGAAAAAUGCUCAAAAGAACCAAGACAACAAUACACUCGAAAGACAAAUAUCUGCUGAGACAGCUUCUAUCAGUUCCCAAUCUACUGGCAUGAUGUCUAUCGAACGUGAUCGUGUUGACAGCGUAGACUCUGACAACAUGAAUAUGCAACAGCCUAGUCGAUUAAAGAUCAAUGCAGGCAAUAUCACUGAUUUUGGCGACCUGCCUUAUAAACAUGCUUAUGUCUAUCCUUCUACUACAGCAAAUGAACUGAUUCAACAAGUCAUUCAACAGGAUCCUAAUCAAGAGCCUGAAGAAGAGGAAGCUUAUCAUGACUACCAUUUGAUUGUUCGUACCUUGGGUGGUGAUGAAUUCACCUUGGUUCCUUCUGACAAACCACUCGAGAUUUUUCAUUCGUUAACAGCUCAUUUAAAUACCCCUAUGCCCUCACUCAAGAAAGCCAGACGUAUUUCCGCGCUGAUGGGCAGUGAUAACACACAUAUUGGAGGACCCUCUAGCCAUGCUCCUACUACAGACGAAGAAGUCCAAUUCUAUCUCUAUUCAAAAACCAAACGCACAGAUGAUGGUGAAAUUCAAAUCAAGGUGUCCUUGUUUGAAGAAGAGAGAACCGACAAAUUAGUCAAGAUUGCCUCCCAUGUAUUGGUCAAGGAUGCUGUGCCCUUGUUGCUCGAAAAAUUCCAUAUUUUGAAUGGUAUUGUGAAUGGUAUGGACAUCAAUUCUUUACGCCUAGACGGUGAUGAUGAUGUGGUCAAGUAUAGCUUGGCUGUAAACAGAGAUGGUCAAGAGCAAUUGUUGGAUCUAAAUGAUAAAUUGCUUAAUGUGUUUGGAGAUCAAGUACCUCCUAUUCAUUAUAGACGCAAUAGUAACCCUGACAGAACAUCUAUUACAGCCAAUAUCAACCCACCUGAUAAAGGUGAAGUUUAUUUUAUUUUGAAAUGUGUUGAAAAACCAAAACCUAUUGCUGUUAUUCAACAAGAACUAGAAGAAAAUAUUCAAUACCAUGAUGCUCGUCCACAUCAUCGUCUUGUACGCCAAGAUACGCCUAUGCCUGUCCGAGAAGCUACACCUACAGGCGGAUUUCAAGAACCUCCUAUACCAUCAAGGGACAUUGCAGAAAGCCCAGAUAUGCUCACCAAGCCUGUACUCUCUAGUUCCCCUGAUUCUGAGCCUGAUAUUAUGUCUCAACUUGAUGAAGCCAUUGAUACCCUUACACCCACUACUGAUCAAAAGCGAUCUCGUCAUGAAGCUGCUGAAUCUAUGUUAUUCUGUAAUGAUUUUGGUAUGAAUGAUAUGAUGGUCAUUAUUCGUGGUGCUGCUCAAAAGAUAGAAGCACCCAGCAACAAAUAUUAUACCAUUCGAAGCGAAAUCAGUGAUGUCUUUAAAGAUUCUCAAACCAGAUUAGAGCAAUUAGAAAAAGAAUUGGAUCGAAUUAUGGCUGAAGCUGUCAAGGUACAUCAAUAGAUACAAAUUAAAGAGAUUGGAAUGUACAUAAAAAACAGGGAUAUUUGAUUCAAAGGAAUGAAGGAGCUAAGAUAUUUUCUUUCUCUCUCUCUCUCUUUCUUUUUUGUUUUUUAUUGAAUAAAUAUAGAAUAAAAAAAGGGAGGUUAAAAAACUA